AUUUUAUUAUUAUAGAUAUCUUUUAGACCAAACUUUCUUUUUAUUUUUUCAUUCAAUGUCGAUCGAUCAUAUGGAGAAUCUUGUUUCCAGUUGGUCCAAUGAUAUUGCUGGGAAAACGUUACCGGAAUCAUACAUAUUCCCACCGGAAACAAGACCAGGCCACCUUUCUUUCCCUAUAAGCAACUCCAUUCCGGUGAUCGAUCUUCAAAAUAAUCACGAUCAAUCUUCUACCAUUCACAACAUCAUCAAAGCUGGUCAAGAGUAUGGAAUUUUUCAGGUGAUUAAUCAUGGAGUUUCGGAAGAGUUAAUGGAUGAGACAAUGAAAGUUAUGAAGGAGCUUCACGAGUUGCCUCCUAUGGAGAAAGCAAGAGAAUGUUCCAAGGACCCUUUGAAGAGAUGUAGGCUUUACACAAGUAGUGAAAACUUCUCUACCGAAAAGAUUCACUAUUGGAGAGAUGCUUUAGUUCAUCCUUGUCACCCUCUUGAGGAACACAUACAAUUUUGGCCACAAAAUCCAACUCAAUACAGAGAGAUUGUUGGGAAAUAUACAGUGGAAGUGAGGAAGUUGGGUGAGAAGAUAUUGGAAAUGAUAGGGCAAGGAUUGGGAAUGAAGGCAGGGUAUUUCAGUGGUGAGCUUAGUGAGAAUCCAGUGGUGUUGGCUAAUCACUACCCGGCUUGCCCAGAACCGAGUUUAACCUUGGGCAUAGCUAAACACCGUGACCCUAGUCUCAUCACCAUUCUUCUUCAAGGAGAUGUUCCUGGUCUUCAAGUUUCCAACGAUGGAAAUUGGGUUGUCGUUCAACCUAUUUCUCAUGCAUUUGUCAUUAAUAUUGGCUAUGUUUUACAGGUGAUUAGUAAUGGAAAGCUAAAAGGAGCGGAGCAUCGAGUGGUGACUAAUUCAAGGGUUGAUAGAACGACAGCAUCGUUGUUUAUUUAUCCUUCAAACGACAGUAUUAUUGAGCCAGAAACGACAUUAGUUGAUGAUUCCUAUCCCCCACUCUACAGACCCUUUCAGUACAAAGAUUUCCGUCGCUACUAUAUCUCAAAUACUGCUGAUGCUAGUAAACUACGUCAAUUCAUGGAUAAAAUGUAGUAGCAUUAGCAAACAGGUACACUUGAUUCUCUACUCCAACCUAGCUUUAAUUAGGUUUAUAUCAAUUUAUUAAGGCUGUGUUUAGUGAUCUGUAAUUGUAAUGGCUUUGGCAACUUGCCAAGUCAAAGGGAUUGAACUACUACAUAGACAUUAGCUGUACUGAGUUUUAGAAUAUUUAUGUGCUGAACUCAACAUCAUCAUCAUUAUGAAACAUUUA